AUGAAUAGCGGCGAGAGAAGCUACGGGUUGGACGCGCGGGAUUGGGCGUCGUCAGAGCCACCUCAAUCCCCUUACUCCAGUAAAGCAUGCGCCCUAUUCUUUGGGGACGAAGGUCCAAUUUAUGUUCACAGGAAGCUACUUGAUGCGAGCCCCAAGCUCGUCCCUAAGAACGGCCGCCUCGAUUUUGAUAACAUCCCAAUCGAUGUUGGCCAUAUUCUUGUUCAUUUUCUUCUGACAAAGGAGUACCAAUACCUUGGACUAAGGCGACAAACCAAUGAUGAGGUCCUGGACGAAUUCAACACUGCUCUCUUGGCUUGUAGCGCCGCCAAAAACCUCGAGUUACCCGCACUCUCACUUCUUGCAAAAGAGCAGUUAGAAGUAGUUGGGGAUCAAUUGAAACUGACCUCUAUCAUUCGGGCAAUCGAAGAUUUGAGGCCAUCACCUAUUAAUACCCCGGAGGUGGCAGCAUAUCUCAAAUUGCGCAUUGAGAGGCUUGUUCAGAGUUCUAGCAGUGACACCAGCCGGGUCCUCUCAAAUGAGCUCGCUGAACCGACAUCUGCAAGCGAAGUUCUCCUCAGAUGUAUCCUUGAGCUGCAAGUCGCUCCGGGUAUGGUUGAAGUUGAAAGUGCACGAGCUAAAGAUAUCGUAAUUCACGACAUCUGCGACACAGAAGCGGGAGAAAGUGAAGAGCCACCGGCUCAAACAUCAAUAACUGUCAACUUUGCAGCUGUCGGUACCGACACGGCAGCGGCUGAACAGCCACGAGCCGAGGAGGCAGACAUUAGAGAAGCUUUGCCAAUUGAAGCAGCGAUGCCAAUUGAAGGACCAGUACCAAUCGAGCAAUCAGUGCCGAUCGAGGAACCAGUGCCAAUUGAAGAGAGGAUGCCAAUUGAACCACGAAUAGCCAUUGAAAGCCCGGCACCAUACGAGCCAGUACCAAUUGACGAAACGUUACCGAUUGAAUCAUCUCUACCAAUUGACGAAGAAUACAUGAGUCGAUUUUACCCUCGGAAUUCACACAUCCCCGGUGCUUCUUCAUGGACUCACCCAAAACCAGCGAUACAGUAUAAGAAGAAGACCAAAAAGCAACGCCUCAUAAAGAUACCUACUCAACCUGCUCCUGAUGAUCCUUCUGAUGAUGAGCCUAUCUACUAUUGA